UAUCUAUGUGUUCAUAUUGGACCCUUUUCGCAGCGAACGAAAUGGAACACUUCAUCUGAGGUAACAAGGUGCUAUCUCAUCCGUCCGUCAUCUCACCUCGCAUCGCAAUGUCAACCCAUGUUCGACAGACCCUGCCUGCACGAAAGGUGCCCGUCCCCACAGGGAACCACUUUAUAACCGCCCUCUAUUGGCGACAGGGGACUCCUGAUCCGCGCUCUCCUGGAGACUGCGUCGGUGCCGCGCAUCGUGUCCGUACAAUCGUGAGUGAUACAUGUAGAGGCAAUGCUUGUGCUAGCUAUGCCUUCCACCCAUUCCCUCGAUGGUUCCCUUGGAGUAGCUUUACUCGGCGACCUCGCCGCAGCCAUUCUUUUCGGUGUGACUAGUGUCCAGGCGACGGUCUACUUCAAACAUUCCAAGAAUGACCACCCUAAACUCAAAUACACAAUCAUUCUUUUGUGCAUCUUGGAUACCGUCCAACUUGCCCUCAUUACCAUUUCCGUCUACACAAGCGCUGUGACAUCCGUUGGCGAUCCUGACCCAGCUCUUUCGUUGGGCAAUUGGAGUGUGAAGGCACAUGUAGCCGUCGCAGGAGUCAGCGACGCCAUCAUACGAGGCCUGUUUUGCCAUCGCUUGUGGAACUUCAGUCAGAAGAAUUGGGUCCUUGUGAUCUUCAUUGCAGCAGGAACGACAAUUGCACUUGCUGGUAGCAUAGAAUUCUCCAUUCAAUGCUUCAGUCUGCUUGGCGACGUGUUCCAUAUAUCCUCCGUCUCGUGGCUGUUGUACGCAAGCCUGGGCGCUGGGAUCGGUGCAGACGCCACCAUCGCUAUAACCCUCUGCCUUCUUUUGCGACAUCUCUCCGCAGGAUCGGAUCCGUGUCACAAAAGGAUGGCACGGACUAUCAUGGUCUACGGUGUCAAUAGCGGCAUGCUCACUUGCCUCUGUGAAAUAAGCUGCCUUGUCACUUAUGCAACGCUACCGAACAACCUCAUAUUCCUUGCCGUCUUCUUCGUUCUACCAAAGCUGCUUCUGAACGCUCUAUUGGCUACGUUGAACAGCCGUUCAACGCUGCGCCAAGUGGCAGCGACCUACAAGAGAUCGAUGCAGCAGACAACAGCCUUCACUCCCACAACUGCCAGACCCAGUGUGAGACAAAGCAACUUACGAAGUCGAUUCAGCGAUAGUCCAUUUCAUAGUGUGGCCUUCAAUGACAUAUCGCCGCUGACGGUGAACAUGCCCCGGCUUCCGUCAGUGACCCGACCGGCAAAUCUCAGAGCAUCCGUCAAGCCGUCCAUUAUUGAUGCGGAGGGUGGAGGAUAUCGUUUCGAUCAUCCGUCUCCUCUACGCUCGGGUCGAUUCCAUGCGUUCUAGAAUCGAUCCCGUAACAGUCAUCAGCAGAACCAGCUCAUUUCGUUCAUCCUGCUACAUUGCUACAUGGUAGCAUUCAAGUUUGAAUCGAGGUCAAGCCUCUAAGCACCUACGCGCGCAGCGGCCUGCGUCACCAUAGAGCGUCGCAUUGCAAGGAUUUCGGCCACAGGCUGCCUCGCUAGUAAUGCAUUGUGCCAGC